AUGAUUCCCACCCCAUGCGACUGUUGUGAACCCGUUAGCUCCUGUACGAUAGUCGGUGGGUGUUGCUGCAAGGGCGGUUGUUCGGGCGGCGGGGGAGGUUGCACAGAAGAUGCUGUCGACAAAGACGACGACGCCGACGAUAACGCAAUUGCAUCUGGCGUUAGAGGCUCCGUAUGGUGGUCUGAUGACGUGGAAGAUGACAUUAGGGGUGUCGUUGAACCGCUGCCACCACCGCCGAUCAGACCGUCAUUAACUUCUGGAAUACAGAAGGAAAAGAUUAAGAGUGACAUUCACAAACAUUACUUCAGGCCAGCAUACGAAAAUAAAAUCAGUACAUAA